AUGGAGAAGAGGCUUCUCCGUAAGUUGGACCUUCGAGUAGCAUUCCUAGUUCUGGUUUACAUCAUGAACAUCGUGAUGAGGCUGCGUGGUUUCGAGGAGGAUCUUGGCAUGAUGGGGAACCAAUUGAAUACGCUCACCAGCAUCCUUUAUGUGGGGUAUCUGUUGAUGCAGGCUCCUUCCAACAUGAUCUUGGAAAGGCCGUCAUUAUACCUCUCGAGCUGUAUGAUAAUGUGGGCUGCGAUCACCAUGUACAUUAGUACAUAUCAUGCCGCUCUUAUCUUGCGCUUUUGGCUUGGAUUCGUGGAGGCAACAUUCAUUCCUGGAGCUGUAUUCCUUCUUUCACGAUGGUACAAGCACAAUGAACUAGGUUUACGCAUGGCACUUCUUUACUGCGGCGGCUUCGCCUGUGAUGCUUUUGGCGCCCUUAUUACGUCGGGAAUUUUAGGUGGCCUAGACAGUAAAUUAGGUUUUAUGGCAUGGAGGUGGCUCUUCUUUGUGGAGGGCGCUUUGACUAUCGUGGUCGCAGUGUCUGCAAUCUGGAUUAUACCCGAUUUUCCUUCAACGCCGAGCGUCUGGCUUUUGUCUGAUGAACAGAUCCUGGCCAAACAACGGAUGGGGGAAGAAGUUGUGGCCAGAAUUGAACAGGAAGGCAAGCCUGAAGAGGAAUCUUCUGGCCUUGCUGAGGCCCUUACGGAAUGGAGGGUACGGUGGCUUGGUGUUGCUCUUCAUUUGAUGCUAUCCUCGAUCCUCUUGCUCUGCGCACCUCCAUGGAUUCUAGGAGUUGCAACCACAUUCGUUGUGGCCAGGCAUUCCGAUGUGACUGGCGACCACUUCUGGCAUAUCGUUGGCCCUCUACUUGUCGGUAUCGCUGGGUUUAUUCUCGCAAUGUCUACAAUGAACACGGUUGUGCGACAUCCGUCACUAUUUUUUAUCGCUCAGACGGCAGUCGCCUACGUUGUCUCUCUAACCUGGUCGAAACGCGCUGCAGCCAUCGCACUAAUAAACUCCAUGGGAACAUCUGGCUUCAUUAGUUCCUCAUACUUUUGGCCGUCCAGUUGGGGACCUUCAUACGUGAAUUCAUGUCUCAAUUUCACCUUGGCAAGCGGCGUGUCUGUGAUGUUAUGGGUAUUUAGGGGACACCUUUCCCGGUGUAAUGAAGCUGCUGAAGCUGAAGAACAAGUCUCAGGGCUACCCGAGGGUUUUAGAUAUCUCCUCUAG